GGGGCGGCUCCGCGGGGCGGGGCGACUCGUCCCAGAGCGCCAUGGCCGCCCUGCGCGCCCUGCUGCCCUGCCUCCGCGGCCCGCUGCGCCCCCGGCUCGGCUGCGCGGCCCUGCGCGCCUUCGCCUCGGGUGCUGACUUUCAGUACCUCAUCACAGAAAAGAAGGGGAAGGACGGCAACGUGGGGCUGAUCCAGCUGAACCGCCCCAAAGCACUCAACGCGCUCUGCAAUGGCCUGAUCAUGGAGCUCAACCAGGCACUGGACGCCUUUGAGGAGGACCCCGCUGUGGGGGCCAUUGUCCUCACGGGUGGGGAGAAGGCAUUUGCAGCUGGAGCCGACAUCAAGGAGAUGCAGAGCCGAACGUUCCAGGACUGUUACUCCAGCAUGUUCUUGAGCCACUGGGACCGACUUGCCCGGGUUAAGAAGCCAAUCAUAGCUGCUGUCAAUGGCUACGCCCUUGGUGGCGGCUGCGAACUUGCUAUGAUGUGUGACAUCAUUUAUGCCGGAGAGAAAGCCCAGUUUGCGCAGCCGGAAAUCCUACUAGGAACCAUCCCAGGUGCAGGGGGCACCCAGAGACUGACCCGUGCUGUUGGAAAGUCACUGGCCAUGGAGAUGGUCCUCACUGGUGACCGGAUCUCUGCCCAGGAUGCCAAGCAAGCAGGUCUUGUAAGCAAAAUUUUUCCUGUGGAGACACUGGUCGAAGAAGCCAUCCGGUGUGCGGAGAAAAUUGCCAGCAAUUCCAAAAUCAUAGCAGCAAUGGCCAAAGAGUCCGUGAAUGCAGCUUUUGAAAUGACAUUAACAGAGGGAAACAAGUUGGAGAAGAAGCUCUUCUAUUCAACGUUCGCUACUGAAGACCGGAAGGAAGGGAUGACUGCAUUUGUGGAAAAGAGAAAGGCCAGUUUCAAAGACCAGUGAGCGCCUCUGUCUCUGCCUUGAAGUCUCUACUUAGAGAAAAUACAGUCUGACAGUUUUAGAAGCAAAUCAGUCCUUCUCUUGUAAAGGGCUGUGUGGGUGACACUCAGCUCCUCGGGGCUCGUGCUCUCAGUGGUGGGCAGUCUGAACCCAGCGGCCGUGAGAAUCGGCAUUUGGAGUGUGUUCACGUCCUGACUAAGCAUAUUCUUCUUAAUCAGAUUCUGCUUAGGACGCCGGGGGGGCUCAGUCGGUUGAGCGUCCGACUCUUGAUUUCAGCUCAGGUCACGAUCUCACAGUUCAUGAGACCAAGCCCCACGUCGGGCUCUGCGCUAACAGCACAGAGCCUGCUUGAGGUUCUCUGUCUUGAGAGUCUGUCUCUCUCUGCCUCUUCACCCUGCUUGCGCGCACACACUCUCAAAAUAAACUGAAAAUAAUUCUGCUCAUGA